AUGGACGGGAUGUAUACUGGGCUUCAAAAGAGGCAAUUAUUCGAGUCGCUGGAUUCCUUUAAAUCAUUUGUACGUGCUGCAUCAAUAAGACAGCGUUGGGAUCUCUGUGUGAUCAGAAGCAAUAGAGAAAGUGUCGCCCUGGGUUGCCGGUCAUCCACCGACUGUACCUUUCGUGCCAUAUGCCGCUCAAAUCAGAACUACACAUAUGUAACCUCUGUCACCGAUACCCAUACCUGUCGCGCUACCCUUGACGCUCCUGCGGUUCCGAUUCAGCGAGCUCAAGCCUCCCGUAUGGCCUUUCUGAAGAAAGAGAUCCCCAAGUUUUUUGAUACGAAUACCAAAGUCACAGCCGAUGAGGCCGUGGCAGCUAUCAGAAGAUAUUACGGCAUCGAAGUGGCUCCUAGACAAGCACAUCGGGCUUUACGGAAACUAGAUAUGCUCAAGGGUAAACGCCGAGGUCGCCCCCCUAAUCCCAGUCAGACACGGCCAGUGACUGGUCAGAUCCCCAUUGAAGCCACUAGUAGCUCCUUUUCACAACAACAGCAACAACAGCAACAGCAACAUCAACAACAACACGACGAACAUGCUAGCGAGUGGUCACAAAACCAACCCUUGUUGCCGAUGGAUAUAGGGACUGAUGACGAUGAUGAUGAUGACUUCGACGUUCCAGAAAGCAGCCACAUUGUUCCUCAACCUAGCAUGCCACAACCAAGCCCAGACUCUCUCGCUCGAUCCCAUCAUGUCCCUACUGCACUUAAUUCUGGCGCGCCACAGGAAGACCAGGGCUCAGGCCUUUGUAAUAAUAGGCAACAUACCCCACAAGUUCGUAGCCAGCCGCGCAGCGUCCAGCGUCGUCCCAAAGUCUCGGCAGAUGUGAAGGUUGAGUUUUCGUGUGCAGCUUGCGGGGUGAUUAACCAAGCAUUCUUCCCGGCCCGAGGACAAGUUGCAAGAACAGUGGUUGGCAAUCAGUUCAUGGGGAACGGAGACCCUGUUAACUUCGAUUUGGGCAGAUAA